GAGGCCACGACCACAGCCUACAGAAAGCCCCUUUUUUCAGUUAACAUCAUCUUUCUUUCGCGUCCAUUACGUAUACUGCUAACAUGGCCGAAAGAAUUUUACCAGUAUAUAUGUUAUUUGUUAGGGUGGCAUUGAUUGACCCUUGUGUUGUAAUGAUUUCCUCAAGUACUUGAUUCUUGACGAAUGAAGAGUGCCAGCAAACUUUGAUCUUUGGGUUUUUGUUCUGAUCAGGAAAAGUUUCCUGUUUCACAUUCGAUGAACUGUAUCGAUGACCUUUGUUUCAAUGGGGCAAACGAAUCUGAGCAACGCCAAUCUAGAAACGAGUCCGAUGGAAAAUUCUGUUUGCAGUGUUUGUCUGACUCUUCCCUACUAGACGAUAAUACAGACAUUCACGAGUUACUAUGGCACGGUUGAGCGUGUUAAUUCUCGUGCUCUUCCUUACCAUUCGCUGCAAAGCAGAAGGUUUGUUUGAAGAUGGGCAAGAAUAUCAGUACAGUUACCAGGCGUACACCAUGACGGGUGUUCGUGAGCCGACAUUGUUCAGCUCUUCUUUUGGGAUUCGUGGCAACCUCAUCAUCCAAAAACAACCGGGAAUAGCUACUCUAAAACUAUCGGAUCUGACCUUGGGAAUACACAAUGGACCCGAGACGCCGUUCAACACCAUCAAGUUUCUGAAGAAGCUCGAUCUCGCAUCAUUAGAAAAACCGCUUAAACUCACCUUAUUAAAUGGAAAAAUUACCGGAUUUUAUACCGAUUCGUGGGAUGCCGAAUGGUCGGUGAACUUCAAGAAAGCCUUGGCAACUAACCUGCAGAUGGAUUUCUACAUCGGAGAUAUCGGUAAAGAAGAAACAGCAUACAUGCGCGUUGUUGAGGACACUAUUAGUGGUACAUGUAAUACAAGUUAUUCUUUUAGUGAUGAUGGAAAAGGUCGCUUCCUGCUUUUCAAGCAACGCACACAGAGAGAAUGUACCAAUAUCCCAAGUAUGGGAUUCAAUACUGUUGAAACCACUACUUGCGGCGGAACUGCGCAGAACGACCUUUUAGCCACGACCCAAAGUUACUACAAGCUCAGUCGUGGAACGGCCAGUGAAUACGGUUAAAGCUGAAUCAAUCUCGUCAUUGGGCCAUCAGGCUCUUCAGCUGUACCCUCCAACGGGAACGCCCUUCAACAAUAGGGCUAACACUACCUUGCUGCUUAAAUCGUUGAGCCCUCUCACUAAACCCAUUGUCGCUCCCGGUCUGACCAAGCACUACGCCAAUCUUCGCUACACCUUCAGGAAUCCAAUUCCAACAGCUGAUGGUAUUGAUUUGACUCGCGAACAAGAUUAUUUCCAUCCGGAGGAGCCCCAAUCACAACUCGUUCUUCGUAGCAAAGCUGUUCCGAUGCUCACGAAGCUAAAUAGUGUCAUUGGAUGGUCACCUCUCAAUGAAGAAGUUUUGACGGAUUCCUCUACCUCGGAUUGCAUUCAAUUAAUGUCCGCCAUGAGCUUGGAAAGCUUAGUGGCUGUAUGGAAAUGCAUCGAAAAAGACGAUGAGCUCAAGAACUUGUACGUUGAAAUUCUUCCUUUGACGGGUACAAAUCCUGCAGCUUUGAUGAUCAAAGGAUUGAUCCUCGGGGAUAAAUAUCCGACAUCGAAGCUCAACGUACAGUAGCACUCAUACCUUACUACCUGCGUAUGCCAUCUGAGAAGCUCCUAGCCAACUGGGAGGAUCUCCUCAAGAGCAGCUCUAGUAUCAAGCCAAAGGAACUAAGAGGUGCAAUUACUUUGGCUUUUGGUCAUCUCAUUGGUGUUACUUGCAGCGGAAACACACAACGUCCUUGCAAGGCAGAUACCAUCAACAAAUAUGCUCGCAUACUUUACGACGCCUUUAAGGCCGCAAAGACCCAUCGGGAAAUGACGGUGUCGCUGAUUGCACUUCGUAACAGCAAAUUGAUACCGGCUAUCGAGCGUCUUGUUCCUCAUACAAAAAGCGGUUCUGCAUCAAGGA